UGAGAGAACAACCCCUCACAUCAAUUUCAAUCUACCCCGCUCUGACUCCAACAUCUUCUUUCUCCACCUUGCACACCGUCACAAUGGCCAACUCUCACCACUCCGACACUAACGCCCUCGGCUCCCACACCAAGGGACGUCACCCGCAACUCAACGACGUCAACAAGUCGGCCGCCGAGCGCGGUCAGGCUGCUGCCGACCCGGAGAUUCAUCUCCCCGCGGGACCGGCCGUCGAAGCCAUCGUCGCAAGCCCUUUGGCCAUCGCCACCUCGAGCGGCCCCGAGGAUUCCAUCGAUGCCGGCUGGGAGAAGAUCGAUUCCGAACCCUCUGUCCCUCUUGCCCCGUCCACCUCCGACGGCACUGCGGGUCUGGCCCGAGCCUCCGUCCCGGCUUCCGCCUCCGCCUCCGCCGCCGACUCGACCGCCGCCACCUUGACUCCCACCUCCCUGUUCUCUCUGCAACAACUCACCACCUCCAACAUCAACCUUCAUAAUAUGAUGAACAACGGCUGCUCCAUCCACGAGCGCAUUUGGAACCGCCACCGCGGCCAUAGCACCGUCGUCAGCGCCUUCGCUCGUAAUUCGGACCUCACGUCCCUCGAACUCGGUGAGCCUUUCGGCCCCUUCUCCGUCGACGCCGCCUCAAGCAUGUUCGGCAUCGGCGCCUGGGCCGACAUCGCCCGUCCUCCCCUCUCGUAACUGUAGUCUCUCGGGAGUGGUUUCCUUCUUUAAAAAGUUUUUUAGUGUUUUGUUUCUCAAUCGGGGGUGGAGUUUACGCGCCGUCAUUUCAGUGUUUUAUCUGGUUCGUCCCUUUUGCCGACAAACACGCUUCGCUCGGGAUGGACGUCACACAUUGUUU